AAGAAGAGACUUUGACGCGGUCAAGGGCCAAGAUGGCGCUGCGGGGACUGAGCUGUUAUCUCCCGUUAGUACUCCGGCAACGCAAUUCACCAAGACUAGCGAUAUUAUAUGCGGCGGUGAAACUGAACUGUUUAACCUGCAGAGCUGAAGCGCGACGUUACCUGUUGUCAGAAGAUGUCGUGAGACUACAAGAUUUUCAGCAGAAGAAACUUGCUGUGGCCCAACAAGUGUCUGGAUCAAAAGGGCAUUUCUUUAAUGUAAUAAAUCAGAAAAUAGAAAUGAAUCAAUUGAUCUUGAAGGAUGAACUGAAGCUGCUUCUUUUUCUCUGCCAAUCACCUGAGGAUAUGGUUACAGCUAGAAAUGCUAUUUACAGGUACCAUGAAGAAAAUUGUAAUGUGGCAUUUGGAGAGUUCAGAUUUGGACCUGUAUUUAUGAGACUUUGUUACGAGCUGGGCCUGGCAGAUUUAGCACACACUACACUAACUGAUAAGAGGCUGAAAGGAUUUUUUCCAGACUGUACAUCCUUUAACUUGGCCAUAGACCUUCUGUUCAGUAAAGGUCAUUAUGAAGGAUCUUUGGAACUAAUGUGGGAGAUGAAAGCCCAAGGUGUUGCUUUCAACAAGGACACGUUUACACUGGCAUUUGCUACGUGCUACAAACUAAACACCCCGAAGUCUUACGAGAUCUGCUUGGCCCUGCUGGAGGAGGGUCAGGCUAAAGGCAGCUUCAUUCCUAGACAUGCUUAUUGUAUUGCAGUUGCUUUUGCCCUCAAGCAGGAUGAUGUUGAGCAAGCACAGAGUAUCUACUCUCAGAUCAUUAACACAGACAGCAGACUUUGCCAAAACCUCAGAAUACUUCUGCUGGCCAUGGCAGGGUCAAUAAAAGAUGCAGUCUCUGUCCUCACAGCCGCUUUAUUGUCCAGUAGUUUAGUGUUUGUAAAGAAGCCAGACUUUUGCCAGGAAGUGGUUGAUGUGUUAAGAGAGAGAAGUGAAGAUGGACCUUGGAGAGUACAGGUUGAGCAUCUGGUUAAGCAGCUGCAGGAGGCAGGUCAGGUGAACCUACAAAACUUGGACCACUUGUUAUACCACACUCCUAAAGGGAAAAGAAAACUUUUGCCUUUUCUUAAGGAGGGCAACUGGAGGACCAACAGCCGAAGGACUCUGAGACCACUGUUGUCAGACUGAACACACACAAUGGUUAUAUUCACCCCUAAAGUUAAAAUAUGUAUACAAAAUAUUGAUACAUCCAUGCCUGGUAUUAAAACAAAACUAUAUUGUUUUUAGAAGUGAGAAAAAUUGUCCAUAAGUUGACUAUCCAAAGUGUUCAGAAAAAAAUUAUGGUAUUUUAUCCAAGGCUUUCUGCAGCAUCAUAUUGUGGAACGUAUGACUAAGAAAAAGAAAUUUUAUAGUCAAACAGAACUGUACCCAUAGGCUCUAUAGUUUUGAGCAGAGUGUGUGGGUGUGCCUAUGAAUGCAUAACUUACAUUUAAAAGAAAUAAAUGCAAUAAAGAUUAAGAACAGUUGAAAUGCU